AUGACCUAUGUCACGCAGGAUGUAAAAGUUUUGAUGGACACGGUCAAAGAUAAGCAAAAACUGACGAAAGAUGUAUUGUCGACUUUGCAAAAGACGUACGAGCGGUAUGACUGGACGGUUGUUGUCUUCAAAACCAAAAGCUCUAAUCAAAAGAGUAUAUUCAAGGUUUUUAAAAGCCACACGCUGACAGGCUUUACUGCGAUGGAAAAGGAUGAUAUCACUGUGGCUGUAGCCAGGCAGGUGAAAGGUAAGCAGGCCAAUGCAGCUGUGGUCAAAAAAGCCAUGGAGACAUGCUUUCCUCAGUCUGUGCAGUGCCAUAAGGUAGGGGAACACCUCGAGAAAUGCAAGGAAGACUCCUCCAAGGUCUUCACCGCAGUGCAUGCCUACAGAAAAAAGCCUCACUAUGAGUCAACGAGCGAAAAUGAGCAAGAGGUUGAGGAAGAUGCCAUAGCCCUUCCAGACACCAGCCCUCAGUCUUCCUACAUUCAGAUUGGGGAUUGUCAGAACGUUAUUGCCAAGGUAGCAAGGAAAAAUCCCAAAUUUGUGGUUAUGGCUAAAAGUCAGGAUGAGAUCUCAGGAACAGACCCGUGUUCCAAGCUGAAGUGUGGUGCUGGCAAAUGUGUUCGCAUUGACUCUGUGGUGGCACUGUGUGAGUGUGAUUUUACCUGGGAUGGCAAAACAUGUGAAAACUUGGAUGCCGCAAUAGACAUAUUGUUCAAGGUAUCUGAGAAGAAAAAGGGCACCCCUGCUCAGAUUCAACAAGGCAAAGUACCCGCUAUUGCCAACUGAGUUUUUAUUGCAGAAGGGUCACAUGUAGUACCCCCAAUCUAAUUGGCAAUCUUUGUUACAAACCAGGCGUCCUUCACCUGUGCAAAUAUGAA